ACAAACAAUAGAUUUAUCAGCUGAUUUAGCUAGAAGACAUAACCAAAUAUAAGUGAUAUAACUGGAGGUUUAAGAAAUAAAUUUAAGUUGUCUUAUCGGACCAUUACAGUCCUGUUAUUUUUAAAUUUUAUAUUGCGAACAAUGUCUUUCCUUUGUCGUAUCACUACGAUCAGACGAUAAGGAAUAUGUAUGAACAAGCUGCGAAUAACUGGGCCAUCGGCCUGUACUCUUUGCUCGAUCCAACGAAAUUUUUGCCUUUUCUCCCGAAUUUAUGGAAUAAACAAGCAAUCGGCUCGCGUUACCCAAAUGACACGAAGGUACGAGACAUCGAUGUGCUGGUUGGAUACCUUAUCCUAUUCUGGACGAUAUUGUAUUUGAUAUACGAAAAGUGUCUUAAUGAAAUUUUGUUUGUGCUUAACAAAAUGAUGGAGAGGUGGAAACAUUUAUCCCUGUUCAGGCGUAUGCAUUUUCCAUUGGUACAGCGAAGCAGGAUAAUCGAAGCUGCAUGGAACUGUGGAUUCUGUUUUGGUAGUAUAUGUUACAUGAAAUCAUCGACCAUGCAAAUCUUGAGCUUUGCAUCUCACGAACAGGGAAUGACUUACCAGGAAUUAGGGAUUGCAUUACAUAAGAGCUUUUACUUUCAUCAAGCAGGGAUUGAUAUACUGUGUCAUGGUGCUUGGAUAAAGGGUUGCACAAACUUGCUCUUUGCGUCUUUUGUCUUGAAUCCAUAUCAACAAAACGAUAGGUGGUGUACAGUUACAAGUACUUUUUUAAUGUAUAAAACUAUUGACAUUGUGAUAGUUAGUGUCUGUCGAAUCUUGGUGUGCAUUUCUCAAACUGUUGGGAGACCAAUUUCUAAACUAUUAUUCCUGUUACACUGCCUGACUUGGAUAUAUUUAUAUUUAUAUUAUGUGCCUACAUUUAUGCUUUGGUCAGAAGAAGUUAAAUAUACAAGGACAGAACCUGGCUUGUGGUUUUGGUUUGUAGUAGAAUGUUCAGAUUCGGUAUGGAUAAGACUGAUUGGACAUGCGAAAGCUACACAUUGGCUCGAAAUUUGUCUUUUUCCACCACCGACGCAGGAAGCCAUUGAAUUAGCUGGCAUUCAUAAAAGGCAUAAAGAAUCUUUGAGGAAAAGUAAUAUCAGAACAGCAAAGAAAGUCGAAUUGUGGCAAACAUUAGUUUGUGCAAUGGCAAUUAAAAAGAAAAUUAGAAGGAUUCGUGAAGCUAAAAGCACAGAAAUGUCGAUGAAAGAUCCUAAAGAAAUGGAACUAUUUGAAACGCAAAUAGAUGACGAAUUAAUGGAGAAUUAGUAUAAAGUUAUACUAAAAUAGUUCUGAAAAGGACUUUAAGGAAAAGUUCCGUAAAAGGAACUUUUACAGAAUUUAUAUCAACGAUAGAAGAUAUGAGAUUUUUUUAAAUGAAUUUAUUUGUACAAUGAAAAAAAAGAUUUUG